UUUGGAUUAUCGUUUUAAAAACUGGUAUAAUUUUUGUGUGUCCACCCGCGGUCACACAAUUACUGUGUAGUACACGUUUUAUAAAAUAUGGUGGACGAACAGUUAUCUGGAGCUCUGCGAGAUUUACCCGGCAGAGUUUUAAACGUGUCUGUUGAGGAACGGCAGCUCAUAUUCCGAAAUGUGUCAGCAGUUUUAAGAAAUCCCGGUAUAAAUUCAACAAUAAUUCGAGGAAUAUGCAAAGUCAUUGGAACUACGAUAACCAAGUAUAAGGAUCUUGCAUCUCAACGAUUAGUUAGAGAGCUUAUUGUUGAUCUUGCCACCAUUCAUCAUGAUUUAACAAUUGAACAUAUGUUAAACGUCUUUAAAACUCUCUUAUUUAAAGAAUUCGCUGGUGUUUCCCCUCAAAAAUCUUGUAAAUCGGCCGUUAUAGCACUGGGAUGGAUUUCUUUAAUACAGAAAAUAGCAGACCGCGAUUCAAAUAUAUUUAAAACAGAAAAAAAAAAGUUAAUUGAAUAUCAAUCAUUAUUUUAUCAAAUAACUUUAUUAUCUUCCAACCAAAGAAUUGCCGAAGCAAGAACAAAAAUAUUGUAUGAGCUAUGGGAAAACACGACAAUUUUUAAUGAAACUUUGGACACAAUAAUUCAAACUGAAGCAACUAGCAAUGCUACUAUUAUCCUCAUGGCCAUGAUUCAGUUUGAAUCUAAAAGCAACAAGUCUAAUAUAUUAAAAAAAUAUACGGAAAUCAUAUCGGAAUACUUUGUAAAGAGUAUGAUUUCAUGCAAAUACAAACCUGACAAGUCGUUUAUUGCAGCCUGUCAACCAUUAUUGGAAUCACUCACUGAAAAAGAAUUCGAUUCCUAUAUAUAUCCCCCAUUACAAAGGUCGAUAUUACGAAGCCCAGAAAAUACACUUGAAAGUAUUGGAUUAAUUUUUAUUAUGUUGAAUUUUGAUUGCAGUCGUUAUGCCCAAAAAAUUGGAAAUGUUCUUAUAAAAAAUUUGUACAGUAAAGGGGACAUUGCACGAAGAGAGUCCUUAGAAUCUUUAAAGCUUAUAUCCACAAAAUGCUCCGAUUGGGUUAUAGUAAAGGAAUUAUUAUCACAUAUUUUUUCCGUGUUAAAUGGAUCCGAAGGCAAAAUAAAUGUGAUCGAAUAUAGACUUAAUAUUUUACAGGGAGCGGGCUAUUUAAGCUUUAACAACAUAGAUCAAGACCACAUGCCUGACAUUUUAAAUGAAGCAGUUACCUUAUUUUGGAAAGCACUAGAGUGUGAGACGCAGGAAAAAGUAAUUUGUUGCACCUUGGAAAUGUUUGCCUUGUGGACUCAAAAAUUUAGAAAUGAGUUACCAAGUGUGAUUCUCAAUAUUUUUAAAACUGGAAUUCGACUGAAAAGCACUAAUCAAAUAAUUCGACAAAGCUAUCUUGAAUGGCUUCUUUUAUCAAUUCAAAAUACUGAGAUUAAUAACCAUAGUGCAAUUAUACCUGAUCUUAUUUCUUUUUAUACUAAAGCAUUGCAAAACUCUUCGCAAUUAUGUAAUUUUUCUGAAGCCGCAUGUAUUGCCUGUAUAAUGCUUACUUUAGAAAAGCCAUCGGAAAACUAUAACUUCUUUUGGACCACAGUUUUUGAUAUGAAAAAAAAAUAUUUCUUUAAUGAAAAGUUUACGGCAAUCGCUCCGACCGAGACAUUAUGUAAUAUAUCUUUAAUGAUAAAAAUAUUGGUCAAUUCAUAUCCUGACAAAAUUAGAGGAGAGUUGGAACCCUUAGUUCGAACGUUAGUUUUUAACUUAUGUAGCAGUUCAGUAAAAGUUCGAAAAUAUACUACUGGGGAGGUCAAUAAAAUUAUUAGUGCUUCGAAGGGAAUAGAAUUCGUAAAAUUAGCUUUAUGUGAAUUUGGAAAGCGUAUUAAUUUAGUUAACAUUCAAAAUGAUGGAGAUACUUGUAAUGACCAAUUUGGAACUUCGACUCAGGCGUAUGUAGACGCAUUAAAAGCAUUGACCAGCUUAAAAAAUAUUUCAUAUGACCAAUCUCUGGAUGUUGCUAUGGAAUUAUUACUUAUAUCACAUCAUCCUGCAAUUGUAUUGAAUGAGGCAUAUUUAUGGGAAAGAACUAUACAGCAAAAUUUUAACUUGGAUCCGAAAGAUUUUAUAUUAGCUAAAAAAAAUGAGAUAGUUUAUGAAUUCAUCGACCAUUUUAAAGCUAAUGCACAAUACGAGAAUACCAUAUCAGCACUGGUUCGAAUAUGUCCCAAUUCUAUUGUCCCAUUAGUUGUUAUGCAUUUCAAAAACUAUCUUUCUAACUCUUCGAAUUAUCAUGCUUCCAAUGAUGAAUAUUUGACAUUUUUGACUCCAGAAGGAGAAUUGUAUGAUAAAAGUGUUAUACCUCACAUAGACUCACAAUACGAAACAGUUCGUGUUAAAAGAGAAAAUAAAGUUUAUAGCUACAAGGAACAGUUAGAAGAGAUUCAACUUCGUCGUGAAAUCGAUGAAAAAAGAGAAAAAGAAGGAAAAUUGAAAACUAUAAAGUAUACACAAAAACAGGAAGAACAGAUUAAAAAUCAAAUGGAAAAAGAACUACGAAUAAAGUUACGGAUUCAUCAGCUUUAUGAAAAACUAAUUAGUAAAAUAAGCUUACUGAAAGCAUCAUGUUCUGGAAACGGUGAUGAAAUGGCACAAUAUUUUUACACUUUAUUAGACGAUGUUUUGAAUGCUUCAAAAAGCCCACUAAGUGCAGAGGUUCUUACAAAUCUUUACCUAUUUUUUCAUAAUCUGUGCUUCACUUUCCAACCAAAACUUGGUCGCGCCACUGCAGUAGCUACAAUAAAACUUCAAAACCCAUCAUGCAUUUUAAAAGAAGAAUAUGACAUUAAUAUAAAGAAAGCUAUUGAAGAUAUCAUAUUGGAUCUUGACAAUAUUGUUAAAUCAAACUUCCUUGAUUCGCCUUCAUUUUCUUUUGCGUUUGAAUUUCUUAAACGAUCAUUAAUUUUGUUGGUUAAAGAUUCGAAUGAUGAACUCAUUUCGAAGGGCAUACAUAUUAUAGCUAAGCAUACAAAUGCUCCGAUUAAUUGUAAGCCAAAAUAUAUGCCAAGAGCUGGUAUGCUUGAAAUUUUGUUAUAUCUUUAUAAAAACAACAAAAAACUUGCAGAACAAACUUCUGCAGCCAUUUUAGAAGUUGCAAAAUCUUCAAAUGGUGGUAUUUUCUGUGCUAAUCCAGAUAACCAGAUUAUAAAUCUACUUCUACAAGCAUUGCAAUAUAAUACUGACUCUGUCAGAAAAGUUGCGUUACAAUCAUUGCAAAUAAUGAUAGACGCGAUUGUAGAUCAUAUUAAACACGAUAAUUAUCUUGAAAAAAUUAUUAUAAACCGAAUUUGGAUAGCAAAAUAUGAUACAGAAGAAGAAAAUAGAGAACUGGCCACCUUAAUUUGGAAUCAGGCUAACUUGCCUUUACCAGGAUUUGGCGAUAUUAUUGGGGAUAUCACACACCCCGAACUAUGUGUUCAAAAAUCUGCUUCAGAAUCACUAUUGCCACUAAUAGCUGAUAAUGAAACGUCAAGGAAAUGCGUAAUACGGAAAUUAUUUUCUAUUUACAAUGAUAAAUUGUCGCUAAUACCUCCAGUAGUAGAUCAAUUCGACCGUGAAAUAGAGCCCGCUACCGACCAAUGGAAACCGCGAAGAGGUGUUGCUAUUUCAUUCUCUACUAUCGCUCCCUUAUUAUCUAUUGAAGAUAUUAAUAUUAUAAUGCAUUUUAUGGUAUCUCAAGGUCUUGGUGACCGAGAAGAUAUCGUACACAAAGAAAUGUUAGCAGCUGCAUUAAAGAUAGUUGAUUUACAUGGUAAUCAAACAAUUGUAAAUUUGUUACCUGUGUUUGAAGAGUUUCUUGAUAAGGCACCAAAAUCGCAAAGUUAUGACAACAUUCGUCAAGCUGUUGUCAUUCUUAUGGGCUCUUUAGCACGACAUUUGGAAAAGGGUGACAAGAGAAUCGAUCCAAUUGUUAAAAGAUUAUUAACAGCACUAUCAACUCCAUCCCAACAAGUUCAAGAAGCGGUGUCGAACUGUUUACCUCAUCUUAUGCCAUCUGUUAAAGAUGAGGCCCCAGCAAUGAUCAAAAAAUUAUUACAUUCGCUAGCAAAAUCUGAUAAAUAUGGCGAGAGACGUGGAGCUGCAUAUGGUAUUGCUGGCAUAGUUAAAGGUCUUGGUAUUUUAUCUUUAAAACAAUUGGACAUAAUGUCAAAACUAACAGCUUUUAUUCAAGAAAAAAAAAAUUAUAGAUCCAGAGAGGGAGCUUUGUUUGCUUUUGAAGUUUUAUGUACAACACUUGGUCGUUUAUUUGAACCUUAUAUAGUUCAUGUCUUACCACAUUUGUUGCAAUGCUUUGGUGAUCCUUCCCAGUAUGUAAGACAGGCAGCCGAUGACACUGCAAAAGUAGUUAUGGGAAAACUGUCCGCACAUGGAGUUAAACUAGUACUUCCUUCUCUUUUAGAAGCUCUCGAUGAAGAUUCAUGGAGAACAAAAACUGCAUCAGUUGAAUUAUUAGGUGCAAUGGCGUUCUGUGCACCAAAACAAUUAUCAUCUUGUCUUCCUAGUAUAGUACCAAAACUCAUUGAAGUCUUGGGAGAUUCUCACACUAAAGUACAAGAAUCUGGUGCGGAAGCUCUUAAAGUAAUAGGGUCCGUUAUUAAAAAUCCUGAAAUUCAAGCUAUUGUUCCCGUUCUUUUGGAUGCAUUGGAGGAUCCUUCUAACAAUACGUCAACUUGUCUGCAAAGCUUACUAAAAACUAAAUUUGUUCAUUUUAUUGAUGCUCCCUCAUUAGCUUUAAUUAUGCCAGUGGUUCAACGUGCCUUUAUGGACCGAUCUACAGAAACGAGAAAAAUGGCUGCUCAAAUAAUAGGAAAUAUGUAUUCACUAACGGACCAAAAAGAUUUAGCACCCUAUUUACCAAGUAUAAUUCCUGGCCUAAAAUCAUCUUUGCUAGAUCCAGUUCCUGAAGUACGAGCUGUGUCAGCUCGAGCCCUUGGCGCAAUGGUAAAGGGUAUGGGAGAAAGUUCAUUUGAAAAUUUGUUACCAUGGCUAAUGGAAACUUUAACUUCCGAAUCUAGCAGUGUGGACCGCAGUGGAGCAGCACAAGGACUCUCCGAGGUAGUUGGAGGACUUGGUGUCGAAAAGAUGCAUAAACUUAUGCCGGAGAUAAUUUUGACUGCUGAAAGAGUAGAUAUUGCUCCUCACGUAAAAGAUGGAUACAUAAUGAUGUUUAUAUAUAUGCCGGGAGCAUUUCCAGAAGAAUUUACACCAUAUAUCGGGCAAAUUAUUAAUCCAAUCUUAAAAGCCUUGGCAGAUGAAAGCGAAUAUGUCCGUGAUACAGCCCUAAAGGCAGGUCAGCGUAUUGUCAAUUUAUAUGCAGAAACAGCAGUAGCGCUUUUACUUCCCGAGCUUGAAAAGGGACUUUUUGAUGAUAAUUGGCGCAUAAGGUAUAGUUCAGUUCAAUUACUAGGAGAUUUAUUAUAUCGUAUAUCUGGAGUAUCAGGAAAGAUGACUACAGAAACAGCAAGUGAAGACGAUAAUUUUGGUACCGAACAUUCACAUACAGCAAUUAUUCGCUUUUUAGGCGAUGAACGUAGAAAUAGAGUAUUAUCUGGACUUUACAUGGGACGAAGUGACGUUUCAUUGAUGGUGCGUCAAGCUGCAUUACAUGUUUGGAAAGUGGUUGUGACAAAUACUCCGAGGACUCUGCGAGAAAUUCUACCGACUCUUUUUGGUUUACUUCUAGGAUGCUUAGCUAGCACAAGCUAUGAUAAAAGACAAGUGGCUGCUCGAACUUUAGGUGAUUUGGUAAGAAAACUAGGAGAACGAGUUUUACCAGAAAUCAUUCCUAUUCUUGAAAAUGGAUUAAACUCUGAUCAUCCUGAUCAACGUCAAGGAGUCUGCAUAGGCUUAUCUGAAAUAAUGGGCUCUACAUCAAAAGAAAUGGUUCUAACUUUUGUACACAGUUUGGUUCCUACAGUCCGCAAGGCUUUGUGCGAUCCCUUACCUGAAGUUCGAGAAGCAGCAGCAAAAACAUUUGAAUCUUUACAUAGCACAGUAGGCUCUCGGGCGUUGGAUGAUAUUCUGCCGUUUAUGCUAGAGGGCCUCUCAGACCCGGACCCUUCUGUUGCUGAGAAUACAUUAGAUGGACUUAGACAAGUUAUGUCUAUUAAAUCAAGAGUAGUAUUACCAUAUCUUGUGCCCCAGUUAACAUCCCCACCAGUUAAUACAAAAGCCUUAUCAAUUCUUGUAUCUGUUGCUGGUGAAGCACUAACUAAAUACUUGCCAAAAAUAUUAUCUGCGUUAUUAGAGGCUCUAUCAGACGCCUAUGGAACUCCGCAUGAACUCCAAGAGAUUGAUUAUUGUCAAACUGUUAUAUUAUCAGUAACAGACGAAACUGGAAUUAGAACAAUAAUGGAUACACUGCUUAUUUCAGGAAAUUCUUCUAAUUUAUGUACUCGAAAAUCCUCAGCAAGUUUGCUUUCUGCAUUUUGCAUACAUUCACCAGGAAAUUACUCGCAAUACAUUCCUCAACUUUUAAGAUGCUUACUUAAAUUGAUGGUUGAUAAUGAUAAAGAUAUAUUACAGAAAUCAUGGGAGGCUCUCAGUGCUGUAAUUAAAGGCCUCAACGCCGCACAGCAAAUCUCCCACGUAUCUGAUGUUCGUCAAGCAGUUAGGUUUGCAGCAAGCGAACUUAAAGGACCGGAGCUUCCGGGAUUUUGUUUGCCAAAAGGAAUAACUCCUUUGUUACCCGUUUUUCGUGAAGCUAUUUUAAAUGGAUUACCAGAGGAAAAGGAAAACGCAGCACAAGGACUUGGUGAAGUUAUUUUCCUAACUAACGCACAAUCAUUACAGCCUUCUGUAGUACAUAUAACUGGUCCAUUGAUUCGAAUUCUAGGAGACCGUUUUAAUGCAGCGGUUAAAGCUGCUGUAUUGGAAACUUUGUCAAUUUUACUUCAUAAAGUUGGCGUUUUAUUAAAACAGUUCUUACCACAACUUCAAACCACAUUUCUUAAAGCGUUGCAUGAUCAAAACAGAAACGUAAGGAUGAAAGCCGGUAAAGCUCUUUCUGAAUUAGUAGCAAUUCACUCUAGAGCGGAUCCAUUAUUUAAUGAAAUUCAUAAUGGUAUAAAAAAUUCAGAUGAUUCUUCUGUUAGAGAAACAAUGCUCCAUGCUCUUCGCAGUAUUCUAAGUCGAUCUGGAGAUAAAAUGUCUGAUCCAAUACAAAAACAAAUUUAUGUAACCCUUUUAAAUAUGCUGGGCCAUCAAGAAGAUAUAACUCGAAACGCUGUUGGCGGAUGCUUGGGAGCCAUGUUAAAGUACAUGGCGCCCGGACAAGUUGAUGACUUAUUUACUAAUUUAAUUUUGGCGGAUAAUACAGAUGAUUUAAUAGUAAAGCAUGGGCACACAAUUGUGUUAUUCGUUGCCUUAAAAGAAUGUCCCAACGAAGUACUAACAUCAAAUUUGCAUGAUAAAAUAACAUCAUUCGUGUUGGUCCAUAUUUUAUCAGAAAAAGUGCCGAUUGCCUGUAAUGCAAUAAGAGCUGCCACUUAUCUUUUGGAGCACUAUCUUGUCAAAAGUGAUGAACUUCCUUUAAAUGUUAUAAUUGCACUAGCUAGAGCUAUGAAUCAUUCUAGCAAUGAUGUCAAACAGUUGGUCGCAAAAAGUUGUACCCACCUAUCUAAAAGUUUAACAGCUGAUCAAAUUAAUUUUGAUGUCUUUAAAUAUUUGGUCCCCAUGUUAGUCAAUGGCACUAAGGAAAAAAAUGGAUACGUAAAAUCAAAUUCAGAGCUAGCGUUAAUUUCCAUUUUAAAGUUAAGAUCUGACGAAUCGACUUUUUCAAAAAUUUUAGACCUUUUAGAAUCUGGAGCUAGGGACUCAUUAAACGACGUAGUAACAAAAGUUUUAAAACGUUCAGCAUCCCAGUCCAUUAUAAAAGAAGAAGAAUUAGAUGAUACAUUGCAGACAUAAUCGCUACUUUAUUUUAAAAACAAAAUUUUUGCUUUAUAAAACAUGUUACUGUAUUUUAUUUUUUUGUAAAUAAAGAAUUUGAUUAAA